AUGGAACGCACUCGGAGUAGCGGAGCAGCCGACUGUGCGCGCAAGCGCAAGCGAGGGGCGCUACAGGAUAUCAGCAACAAUGCCAAGAAACUGUCGCAAUCGCGCCCAUCAUCACGGCGUAGUUCAGGCGUCGUGAAAAAGGAGAAAAAGGAGACGGGGAACGAUGCAAGUUCGAAGGCGUCGCGGGCCUCUGUGCGCCGCAAGACGACAGCCACGACCGUUAACUCGGCGCUCAAGAGCUCCAUGGCGUCCACAGCCGCCAGUAAAGCCAAGAAGCGUGCACCCGCCGGCAAGAAGACGGAGACCACUCGCACCAAGAAGCGGAAACUCGAGGGUGCCGAGAACCAGCCGCCCGCUCCGCAUCAGAAGAUCCAGACGAGUAUGUUAUCAUUCCAGGCGCCUUCGAAGCCCAAGGAGAAUCAGGAGUAUGCAGAAGCGGACAAGGAGAACGUCAACGUUAAGACAGAGGUGGACAAUCAGGUGGAGACUGUGACAGUGAAGCAGGAAGUGGUCGAGAAGACAGAGGUAGCAGAAGCUGCUCAAGUGAAGAGCGAGGAGAGAAAAGACGACACGCCAGAGGUUCAGGCGCCGGAACAGACUGAGAGGGAGACUACUGCACCAACCCCCGCUGCAGCACCGCGUGACGAGUAUGCGCCUCGUCCAUACACGUUCUCAUUCGACCACAAGAACUCAUGUUUUGACGAAGAGACGUACGCUACAUCAGUGCGUGAUAUUGACGCACCGUCGGCCACUGUGAGCUCGCACCACGCGAAGCUGGUCCUCAAGUAUCUGCCCGAAGCAGACUACAUUGGCACCGUGCAGCUGGAUAUUAACGAGAAGAUGCGCACCAUUCUGGUCGACUGGCUCGUCGAGGUCGGAGAGGAGUACGAACUCGACUCGCAGACGUUCCACAAAGCGGUAAAUCUGGUGGAUCGCUGUCUGAAGAAAAUCAAGAUCAACCGCAAGCAAUUCCAGCUCCUUGGCUGUGCUUGUAUGAUGAUUGCCGCAAAGUUUGAGGAGGUCUACGGUCCGAAUGUCGAGGAAUUUGUCUACAUUUCCGACCAGACUUACACUGCGGAUGAGAUGAUGAACAUGGAAGUACAAGUGCUAACGGCACUGCAAUACCGCGUUGCGUCGACUACGUGUUACGGGUUUAUGCAUCGCUUUAUGAAUGCAGGGUGUACAACGGACAUGCAGCGGUCUCUGGUAUUGUCUUGUAUCGCUAAGAUUGGUUUCUUUCUGCAGUAUCUCAGUGAUUUUGCACUACUCUUUUACCACAUGGUUCGGUUCAAGCCGUCGGUCCUGGUGGCCUCUGCUGUGUAUCUUGCACGUUUAACGACUGGGGAAGCGGAGCCGUGGACUCCUACAUUGCAUCAUGUCACCAAGUACAACCCACUAGAAUUUCAGGACUGUGUCGAAGAGCUGCACCGUCUUCAUACGAUUGAAUCCCAGGUGGUCAACACCCAGAGAGAUAAGGCGAAGGCUGUGAGCGAGAAGUACCUGGCAGACAAGUUUCACCAGGCGAGCACUGUUCCUGCUUGCAGCAAAAACCAGUUGGCGGACUCCUUCGACCAGUACGCGCCUGCUUAA